GUGCUUGUUGCUCCUCUUUGCCAACAGUGUGUCUCGCGCGCACGGGGGUUUGCUGGACAAUGGCCGCCAUCAAAGCCUUGGAGCAGUGGUGCAAAACUCAGUGUGAUGGAUACAGGGAUGUGGCUAUUACGAAUAUGACCACGUCUUUUAGGAACGGCAUGGCUUUCUGCGCGCUCAUACACAAGUACAGGCCGGAUUUGAUAGAUUUUGAGUCACUGAAGAAGGAGGAUGUGUUUGAGAACAACAGACUGGCUUUCCAAAUAGCUGAGGAGAAGUUGGGCAUCCCGGCGCUGUUGGAUGCAGAGGACAUGGUGGCUCUGAGGGUCCCAGACAGGCUCAGCAUCCUGACCUAUGUCUCCCAGUAUUACAACUACUUCAGGGGCCAACCUCCUAGUGGAGGUGUAAAAAGGCCAGCAGAGGGCUCCAAGGAAGAGCCGUCCAAAAGAAAUCUGCCUGUUGUUGCCAAAAACUUUGUGUCAAAAAAAGCCAUUGAGAAUCGGACACCUCCCAAACAUCCAGGUCAAAGUUCACCCAAGACGCCCAGUGAUGGUGCUCAGAAGGCAGUUCUGACAGAAAAUGCCAACAAAACUGGGACUCUGAACAGUAAAUGUGCCGCCUGCAAAAACCACGUCCAUCUGGUCCAGAGGCACUUUGUGGAGGGCAAACUCUACCACAGGAGCUGCUUCAAAUGCAGUGAAUGCUCCAGCGUGCUCCACACAGGAGGCUACAGACCAGGGAAGGAGCCUGACUCUUUUAUUUGUAAGUCCCAUCAGAGCAUUCAGCCUUCAGGUAAAUCUGGGACCAAAACUGGAGCUGGAUCUUCAGCUGUUCGCCAAAAACCACCCACCCCUCCACGCCCCUCAUCUGUGCUCUGCUCUCCGGUCAACUCUGCCCCGAAAUCUGUCAGUCCUAUUACCCCUGCCUCCAGUGCCUCCUCUCCCUCCUCUCCCUCCUCUCACUCCUCUCCCUCCUCUCCCCCGUCAACAUCAUGGACCACCUCAGCUCAAAGGACCCAAGCAGCAAGGCAGAAGUUUUUCCAAAAUCCUGCAGAUUCUUCACCAAGCAACAGUAAACCAACAGGACCGUCCAGUUUUCCAGAAAGAGUAAAGGUCCCACUCAAAUCUGAAGCAGACCAGAGCAAAGUUAAACCAGCGGUGGUGAGGCGACUCGCUGAGCAAAACUGUAACAAUAACAACAAAAGACCAUUCACCAUAAGAUCAGCAGAUAGAAGAUUUGGAGAUGAGCCAAAUCCCAGCGAAGACUUCAGUUUGAGACCGGACCUCUGCCUCCAAGACCCAUCAGGACCCAGGAAGGCCUCGCUGUGCACCGCUCCCACAAACUACGAGCCAUCACCAAACCCAGAGACCCUUCACCAUAACAACACCAGCUCUACCAGUGUACACAGCAACGCCAAACGUGCAUCUGGUGAGGGGCAAGUACAGAUCAAACCUGUGACAUCUGAUCCAGGAAUAAAAGGUGCUACAUCUUUUCCUGAACAACUUGGUCUUCCCUCUGCUGCUCCUGUCAGCACCCCAGCGAGCCCCCCAAAGCCCCCCUCUGCCCCUGCACCUGUCCUGCCGCCUGUAACUAUUCCUCUGUUCAUCCCUGCACCUGUCUCUCCACGCAGACAUCAACCUGCAUCCUCAAACCAGAGUGUAAAACUGGGGAACCACCCGGCUGUGAAAUCCCCACCCAGGCGCCCAGCUGUGGAAUCUAUUAGCUCUGCAGCUCAAACCAAUCAUGGAAAUCCUUCAGGUGCUAAAAAGGGAAAGUAUUUGUCAGAUACCAACGCCCCCGAGACCGAAACGAGGUCACCGUCUGUGAACACUUGCGCCAUCCGACUGCAGCAGAUUGAAACAGAGCUGAAGGACAUUGAGACAAACCUGUCCCAGCUGGAGCGGGACGGGGUGGAGCUGGAGAAGAGGCUGAGACGCUGUGAGGAAGAGGGAAGAGGGGACAUCUUGAUGGACCCUCUCAUGGUCGACUGGUUCAACCUCAUUCGAGAGAAGCAGAUGUACAUCAGAAAGGAGUCAGAGCUGGUUUAUAUAGCGCGGACACUGGAGCUGGAGGAGCAGCAGCCAGGUGUGGAGGGAGAACUGCGCAGAUUACUGGAAAAACCAGACCAUUUAAAGUCCUGUGAGGAGCAGGAGCGUGAACAGCAGCUGAUGCAGAGACUGGUAGAGAUCGUAGAUGGACGCAACGCAAUAGUGGACGGUUUGGAUGAAGAUCGACUCAGGGAAUUCGAGGAAGACCGCCAGCUGAAUGAAAUGAUGAAAAGCCUUGGACUAAAGAAAGCCAAAACUAAACGGAAGUCUUCCAUUUCCAAAAUGUUCAGACGCAGAAGUAAAAGGCGAGUGGAAUAA